CAACAUAUUAACUACCAGUGACAUGUGUUCUAUAUGUAGAGAUAAAUCUCGACUUUGUUUACCUAGGCCGAGUAGGAUUAUAAAUUAGUGAACAUUAUUUGGGUGAUAUAGGAUAAUAAAUAGAUGGACGGUUACUUUUAAUUAUAACAGUUCUACAUAUCAUUUGCAAGGAAGCCUCUAUUAACAGUGUAUGACAACCAAAAAUGACGGACUUAAAGCAAAAAGCAUACGAUGCAAUAGACGAAAUUGCUACAGAUCUAGACAAAAUAAGUAAAGAUAUAUGGGAAAACCCGGAGGAGAAUUUCGAGGAGGUAAAAGCACACGCUAAUAUCACAGCUUUCCUGGAGGAGAAAGGGUUUCAAGUUGAACGAAAUUACAUCACAAAGACAGGUUUCAGAUCGACAUUUGGCGAGAACUCAGACGGUCCACAUAUCGUUGUUAUAUGUGAAUACGACGCUCUGCCUCUGAUCGGACAUGCUUGCGGACAUAACUUGAUCGCAGAGGUCGGCUUGGCUUCUGGUAUCGGUAUUAGAGCUGCUCUAGGAAACAGCGAGAAACCCCUCGGAAAGCUUACUAUACUCGGUACACCCGCAGAAGAAGGUGGCGGUGGAAAAAUUGAUAUGAUAAAAGCUGGAGUCUUCAAGGACGUUGAUAUAGCAAUGAUGGCACACCCAUCACCGUUCAAUCUUGCAGCAUUUCAUUCCCUGGCUAUUGAACAGGUUACUGUCAAGUAUCAUGGACAAUCAGCCCAUGCGAGUGCUUUCCCUUGGAACGGUGUCAACGCUCUUGACGCAGCCGUGUUAUGUUAUCAGAAUGUCUCUUGUCUAAGACAGCAGUUUAAACCAACAUGGCGAGUUCAUGGUGUAAUCAAAAAUGGGGGAUCAAAACCGAACAUUAUACCCGACCUCACAGAAUUAGAGUUUUACGCAAGAACACCCACUAAAUCCGAACUCACUGUAUUGAUGGAAAAGGUAGAUAAAUGUUUCGAGAGCGCAGCAGCGGCCACAGGAUGUACAGUAGAAAUUAGCUGGUCGGGUAGACCUUACUACGACAUGAAGAAUAACAAAACAAUGAGUGAUUUGUAUUAUAAGAAUGGUACACAACUAGGCAUAGACUUCGACAAACACGGUGUCGCACAUUUUGAUGGAAAUGCUCCAACGGGAUCCACAGAUAUGGGAAAUGUGUCAUAUGAAACGCCGAGUAUACAUCCCAUGUUUUACAUUGGGACUGAUGCAGUUAAUCAUACGAAAGGAUUCACAGCGGCAUCAGGUGACCAAGUGGCCCAGAAAUAUACCAUUGCUGUUGCGAAAGCCAUUGCAGCCACUGCUAUUGACAUCUUACAAGAUCCAAAACUUCUAGCCCGAAUAAAAGAAGAAUAUCGCAACGGCAAAUAAACCUAACGAUAAAGAAUCUAUCUUGCCCCAUAUAGCAUGCUUAUAGUUAAUAUAUAUUCAUGAUUUUUGCAUUUCUUUUAUUUAUAUGUCAAGAAAAAAUGUUCAUUGAUUUAAAACAUAAAUUUAAUUUUGCUAUUUCUUUUGCCAUUAAUCACAUUUUUAAGUCUUGUUGAAAUAAUCAUAUUUGUCAACAAAUCAUAUACUUAACCAAGAUUCCUUCUUUAAUGUAAGUUUUUUGUUUUCAAGAAAUGAAGAUAAUCUUUUUUGUUUCAAUGAAAAAUUAUCGAACAAACAACGGAGACCUUAAGAAAAGCCAACACAAUGUAUGUAUAUUUUUAUACGAAAGAAAACAACGACGACGAGUAACUGUUUAUAUAAUUUUUUUAAUAACAAAAUAGAUGUGACAAGAAUGUUGUAAUAGAAGGACAGAAGGACAUACGCUCAGAAACAAUAUAUUAGUAACUAUGUCUUUUUUUCUGUUCUGUAUUUUUCGUGGGUAUUUCGUGAACGCUGUUGUAAUAUCAUCAGCAAUAAUUACUUAGAUAGAAAACGGAAGCAGUAAAGAGAAGCAAACAAAACGAAAAAGGUGUGCGAAGUCUUCAUUAAAACAAAAAGAAACCCGCCGAGAUGGUAGCGAUAAAUAACCACAGAAAUUGAUACAUCUUCGGAGAUGAAUUUCCUGGAAAAGAAAAAAGUGAAAUACAAUAGUUUAAAACAAAAUAAGAGAAUAUGAAUGUCAAACAUUGUUAACCUGACAAUUAGAAGAUUAAGCCUCAAAAAAGAUAUGUUUUAAUAGAUUUAUAAUUAUCGAAUAAAUCAUUCUAACGUU